AUGCAGCAUUCUGAGUUGGCAACUGAGUUGGGCAAUGUUAGGGUAGAUGAGGUGGAGCUCGAAAGAUCUGAUGUGGCACAUGAGGUUGUGGAUGAGUUGGAAAGAGCAAAUGUAGAUGUUGAUGUUGGGCAAAUGGGACCACCAAACACAUAUACGGGUUAUAAAGAAUGUGUAAGUGCUAACCCUAGAUUUAAAACAAAUAACUCAGCUGCUAUUUCUACCCUAAACCUUACACCAAUUGAGAGAGGACACAUACAACAAGAACUUUGUGAUUUUGAGGAUAGCAGUGAUGAUGAUUACAGUUGUUGUGAUGAGGAUGAAUAUGAGGAUGAUUCUGAUUUGUUUGCAGAAAAUAUAGUUUAUGGAUUGGAGGAAAAUCCAAAUUGGGAAUUAAAGGCAUUUAAGAAACGGGUAAACAGGGAGUUAGGUUGUGAAGUGAAGUACUAUAAGUGUUACAUGGCUAAAAGAAUUGCUAAGAAAAUGAUAGUUGGUGAUGCUAGUGAAGAGUAUAGCAGGGUGUGGGAUUAUGCGGAAGCAAUAAGGAGGUUUAACCCAGGAAGCACUGCAAUCAUGAAAUGUAUCGGAAUAGACACACCUCAACCCUUGUUUCAAAGGAUGCCUAUUAUAAGUGUUGAUGGGGCACAUUUGAAGGGACCUUUCCCUGGGGUGUUGCUGACUGCUGUAGGUAAGGAUGGGAACAAUAACAUCUUCCCUGUUGCAUGGGCUGUGGUCGAAACAGAAAACGUAGAAACUUGGACUUGGUUUCUAAAUCUCCUCGUAGAAGACUUAAAGUCGGUUAAUCCAUCAAGUAGUUGUGUAGAAGCAGGAUGUGAAGAUUUUACCUUCAUGAGCGAUAGGCAAAAGGGUUUGAUUGAAGCUUUGAACUCGGUGAUUCCUGAAGCUGAAAUUAGGUUCUACUGUAGGCAUAUUUGGGCUAAUUUCAAGAUCAAGUUUCCUGGAGAGUUGUACAAACAUCACUUUUGGAAAGCAGCAAAAGCUUACAAUAAGUUUCAUUUUGAUAGAGAGAUGAUUGAAAUAAAGAAUAUUUCUGUUGAGGCAUAUGAAUAUCUAGCUGCUAUUCCUGUUAAACACUGGUCUAGGCAUGCUUUUUGUAGUAGGAGUAAGUCUGGGAUGUUAUCAAACAAUUGUUGUGAGUCAUUCAAUAAUGUUUUAGUAGAAGCAAGGGGGAAGCCCAUAAUUUCUCUUAUGGAGUGGAUUAGGAGAUAUGUGAUGCAAAGAAGUGCAUCAAAAAGAGAAGGGUUGAGUAACUUUAAAGAAUCUUACGUUGUAAACUUGACCAAUAAGACAUGCCUUUGUGGAAGUUGGAAUCUUCUUGGUAUCCCUUGUAAACAUGCAAUGGCUUGUAUUGUUAUCAGAAAAUUAGAUCCAAGUGAAUUUGUCCAUGAGGCGUAUCUUGUAGAAACGUAUGCAAAGACGUAUGCUCCAAAGUUUUACGGUAUGCCAGGACACAAUAUGUAG